AUGGCGGCGAGGAUACCGGCGCCAGUGUCAACAUCAAAUACUCCCGCGAAUUUAUGCCUCUAUCAGCACUAUCCGAAAUCCCAAUUAGUUACUACUGUAGCACUCAAACCGCAACAUAUAAUUAGUAGUACGGAUACCACCGGCAGCAACAACAAUGAUUGUCCCCUGGCACUACCGUUACCUCCAUCAGUCAGGCAGGAACCUUCGUCACUACCUGCUAUCUUAUCGAAAAUUGAAAAAUUUGCAUCAUCGUUAAAGCUAAUUCAGGAUGAUGAGCACCGUUCCAGCUCUUUCUCCUCUUCCUCUUCCCUAGGUACUCUCUCAUCGAUUCAGUCACUAAACGAUGUUAUAAGUGCGCAGCAGAUUUUUGAGAAAAAAAGAGCGGCAAUUGUUUUUUUUUUUGUUGUUGUUGUUCAAGCGGACGAACAAGUGGAUCCUUUAUUACUUGCGGAUAUUCAUGAGCGUUUGCUCGAAGAGCAGGAGGAGUUGCGGAGUUUUUUGGUCUCCGAUUCAUUUGCUGGCGAUUUUUCCGGAUUAGUGGACGAAUUCACAUCUUUGUCGAAAGGCUAUGAGGAGGCAAUCAAGCGAGUAGAACAUCUGAUGAGUCAAAUUAAAGCAGUUCGUGAGAACUGGAACGACUGGGCAGAAACGCAGCAUAAUAUGCAAAUUAUCAUGCUAGGCAUCGAAAAUGAAUUGGCUCAGCUCCGAAAAGGCGGUGAUAAUUCGGAGGUUCAUUUGCAGCAAAUAAGUUCUGAAUUGGAGCUGUGUCAGGAGCGAAUGAAUCGCCUAGAGACGGUGUGCAAUUAUCUGACGGCCAACUUGGCAUCACUUCAACACAACGAUGCUACAAAUGCAUCAACGAUCGAUUUCGCAUCCGAACUGGCGCUUUAUUCUAAUGCUCUGGUACAGCUAAGGGCAAGGUUGGUGGGAUUUGUCUUUCUGCGCUCUAGUCUCUCCAUACAUUUCCUAGUCUGA